AUAAUGUAAUGUAGGCUAAAAUGAUACCACUAUUGACGCAAUACAUAACUUAUUGACAUCAAUGGUUGACACAAUGGCAGAUGAAAAUGUAAUAACAUUGGAGCCAUUCAUCCAUCAGGUGGGCGGCCGGAGCUCUAUACUGGUGUUCGGACAAACCAUUUGUAAACCAAUCAAUUCCCGGGAACUGACAUUUUAUGAAACACUUCCGCCUCAAUUGAAACCAUUUGUGCCUGAGUUUCGUGGUAUAAGUGAAGUCUAUUUAACGGAGAGCUCUGAUGGAUAUCUAACAAUCACUGCUAAGCAGCCAAACAAUUGUCCAGAAGAGGACAAAAGUCAACAGAAAAAUAAGUUCAGAAUUAAAUUAUGUAAACCUAGUGGUGAUCUCCUAAUUGAAAGCAAUGGUGUCACAGAUCAUGAUUUACCACACAUUGAAUGCAAUCAUUGUUUCGAAAAUGUAAAUCAUUAUAUUGAGAAAGAAGUCACCAAUAAGUGCGAGACAAAGAUACACAAUCCAUGGAUAUUGAGGACAAUGUCUGCUUUUAAAGAAACUGAAAAAAUUAAUAGAAGAAAAUUUCUUUUGUUGGAAAACCUAACAUAUAAUUACAAGUUUCCGUGUGUUAUGGACAUCAAAAUGGGUGUCCGACAGUACGAUGACUUUGCUAAUGAGUCCAAAAUAUUAAGUCAUACAAUCAAAGUAUCUAAAACUACGUCUGGAUCUCUUGGUCUUAGGAUUACUGGUGUUCAGGUUUACAACAAAAGUUCCGAUCGUUUUAUUUGUCACAAUAAAUACUACGGAAGAACUCUAACAACCGAAGGAUUUUUGAAGACAAUGAAAACAUUUCUUCAGAUGGAUAGCCAAUCAAAAGUUAUAUUAAUUGGUCUAAUGAUUGAAAAGUUGGAGAAACUGUUGGCAGUCAUUGAAAACUUGAAUUACUUCCGUUUCUAUACAACUUCAUUGCUUAUCAUUUAUGAGGGAAGCUUUGAUCGAAACAAUUGUCAAAACAAUACUAAUUUGGUGGACAUCCGAAUCAUUGAUUUCGCUCACACUGUUUACCAGUCAAACACCAAUUUAGAUACCAAUUUAGAUAACAAUUUAGACGCUAAUCACACUGAUAACAAUGGACCCGAUCAGGGAUUCAUAUUCGGGUUAAUUAAUUUAAUACAAUUAUUAAAAGAUAUUCAAUCGGAACCAAACAAUGAUUCCCAUUCUGUGAACAGUGAUUAAAGUUAUUGUGAUAUAAUUGUUGUUUAAAAUAUUUGCAUAUUUUAUAUAAUGUAUUGAUACACAAUUAUUAUAGAUGUGUUAUAUUGUUUAAUUUAUUUAUUUUGUUAUUAAUAAAAUUAUUAUUAUUUAUGUUAUCCUCUUUUAAUAAAAAAAAAUAAAAUAUACAUUACCGGUAAGAUAAUAAUUGUCAACAUUUAUUGGCAUAUUUUAUGUAACUAAUUGUUUAAUUAAAUAGCAAAAAUUGAAAAAAUUUUUAACACCAGGACAUACAUCUAUAGAGCACUUAUUUCUCUAUAGCACUCUAUUUUAUCGGUAAUGUAUUAA